UUGGUGUUCGAAGCACGCUGCGCAUGCUCUGUAGCAAACUUGUUUGUUUUGAUUUUGAGACAAGCUCACAACAACAAACACAAGCUAAAAACAAAGAUUACGCUUUGCCGCUGCAAAUUUAACAGAAAAUGGGCCGUAGAAAGAGUAAGAGGAAGCCACCGUCCAAAAGGAAGGCAAUCAUGCCUUUGGAUACACAGUUCAACUGCCCAUUCUGCAAUCACGAAAUGUCAUGUGAAGUAAAAAUGGACAAAGCAAGGAACACUGCUCGAAUAUCGUGUCGAGUCUGCAUGGAGGACUAUCAGACCACUAUCACUUUUCUCUCUGAGCCAGUGGAUGUCUACAAUGAUUGGAUAGACGCCUGUGAGAAUGCAAAUUGAUCUUUUUCAACACUAUCAAUUUUUUUGUUUUGUACAUUCUUCAGGCUAAGAUCAUAACUUGAUCUUAAUAAUCAAUAUAUUAUAUUAUGUAAUAAUAGGAAAUAAUUAUUAACUUGAAUUAAACAUGAUACGACAAAUGCGACAAG